AUGAGUGGCGGAUCAGGUCGUGAUAUUGUUACUGGUGCCCAUUCUGUACUUUGUCGCUUUCGAUACUCAGAUGUAAAAUCACAAAGGGCACUAUUUGUAGCGGCAACGUUUGUUUUUCCAAAAUGCGCAUAUCCGUACGGUAUGUAACCCGUAUACCCUUGGGAGAUGCAAUAUUAAAAAUUUUACAUUGUCACAAGGAAAAAUAAUUAACGUUUAUUCUUCUGAUUUUCACACUUACUUCUUGCAUUUUCUCGAAUGAAAGAAAAGCGCAUCCGUUCUUCACUGUCCGUAAGAUCCAUCUAUUCUAUUAUCUAUUGUUAAUGUGAUUGUAGAAACAGCAUUACCUAUUUCUUAUAUAUAUAUAUCCUUUGAGUCAUUUCAGGUUGAAUUUGUGAAAAUCAUGAACGAUUGAAUAUCUUGUCAAAACAGUUGAAUCUUACGGAACAUCGUUUAUAUAACUUUCAUACCGUAGGAUCAUUUGAAGGCAAAUUCAAGUUAAUAACGACUUGAUAAAUUUGACUCACCACUCAUAAAGUGUUUUCGUGGGUUUGCAUUGUCCAUGAAGUAAGGGGAUGGGGAGUGAUCUCUGGGUGUUUCGUGUUGCUCGUCCAAAAAUAAAUUCCUCAUUACACCCACGCAAUCAGGUCGAACUGUUAGCAUAGGUAGUUUGUACUCACUUUUUAUGAGCUGCAUAAGAAAUUCAAAAAUCAAGUUUAUCGUUAUUAUUCUUUCUUUUUUUCAGUUUACCAAACGGUCUUCCAAGUUUCUUGGCUCGCCCUGUCCACUUUGCGUGGCUAUAAUUUUUUUAACUUCAUUAAGAGCUGCUUUAUUCUGCAAUUGCUGUCGUUCAAAUUCGGCAAGCCCCUCUGUAGCAAGCACCGUGUAUCUCUGCCCAUUCCUGGCCAUUAGCUUUGGAGUAAAUCCUGAAAUGAGAGAAUUCAUUUCUUCAUUUAAUGCUCAUUUUCACUUCGUAUAACGUACCUUCGUAUCCUGGUUUUAUAGGAUGAACGAAUAUAGGAUCAGUCCUUUUAUACCUAGUAUUUACUGUAUCUAUGUCGUCUUUUGGUGGUCUCUGCAC